GAAUUACUCGCCACAGAAGAAAAUUAUGAUGAAAGAAGACUUUUUGUUUUAAAAAUUGAUAAAAUAUUAAAAAACAAAUGGCUUAAUUAUGAUAUUAAAAGUAAUUUAUUCGGUUCUUCAGAAACAAAGCUUGCAACAGCAAAAUCUGAUAUAGAUAUAUGCAUUACAACCAAAAAUGAUGGGUUGAUAGAUAUAUAUAUGCUGAAAGAAGUUUUGGAAAAUUGUAAAAUGCAAAAUAUUCGAUGUAUGAAUACUAGAGUUCCUAUUAUAAAAUUUCAAAAUCCGACCUCAUGUGAUCCACCUAUAUUACCUGUGCUUCAAAUUCAACAAUGUGGAGGAUCUAUUUUCAUUAAUAAACCAUUACAAAAGGGUUUUAAAAAUAAUGAAUCAAUUGGUGAAUUGUUACUUAAGUUUUUUAAAUAUUUUGCUUAUGAAUUUGAUUAUAGGAAAAGCGUCAUAUCCCUUCGCCAAGGCAAAUACUUAACUAAAAAAGAAAAGAAUUGGGGAUACCAGAACCUAUGCGUGGAAGAGCCUAUUAAUACAGAGAGAAAUCUUGGAAAUAGUAUGACAUAUGAUUGUUUCAAAAAACUAAGAGAAGAGCUUUACAGGGCUUUUGCUAUUUUAAACAAAAGUUUGAAUCUCAAAUAUUGUUGUCUAAGUUAUAAACUUAACGAAAUUUAUUAUAUGUGCGAACAAAAUAAUGGAUUAUUUAAACUUAUUACAGCAGACAAAGACAUAUAUUGA